AUGAAAUCAAUCUUGGUAUUGUCCGCGGCCAUUUGCGCCGGCGCAUCCCUCUUGGACAUCCCGGAAGGCCAUCCCCUGGUUAAUUGGCGACCAGCUGGCCCGGGAGAUGUUCGAUCACCUUGUCCUAUGUUGAACGCUCUUGCCAAUCAUGGUAUUCUCCCGCAUGAUGGCAAGAACAUCACCGAAGAGCAAACUAUCAAUGCCUUGAAGUCUACCAUCAAUCUCAACGAGGACCUUGCUAAAACACAAUUCGAGGCGGCUUUGACGACAAACCCGGAUCCUCAUGCUACCACGUAUUCUCUCGAUGAUCUAUGCAGCCAUGGAAUAUUGGAGCAUGAUGCGAGUUUGAGUCGACAAGACUACUACUUUGGAGACGAUCAUAGUUUCAAUCAAGCUGUUUUCGACCAGACUCGAUCCCACUGGAAGGGUCCAUUCAUUGAUGUGGAGCAAGCGGCUCGUGCUCGCCAGGCUCGUGUGGAUAAAUCAAAUGCUACAAACCCGGAUUUCGGUUUGUCGAAGGAUGCUUUAAGCCUUACUUAUGGAGAGUCUGCGGCGUACAUUAUUGUAUUUGGAAACAAGACUUCCGGGGUCGUGAACAAGUCCUGGGUGGAAUACUUCUUUCAGUUUGAGCGACUCCCAAUAGCGCUUGGUUGGACCAAGAAUGAAGACGAAAUUACAUCGUCGGACCAGCAAACCAUAGCCCAGAAGAUAAUGGACGCGUCGAACAAACCUGCUGGAGAG